CGCGCCCUGAUUGGAGGAAUUCUUGGCGAAGGGCGACGUCUUGUCAGAGGACAGAGGCAAGAUGGCGGCGCUGAGGAGACUGCUCUGCGGGGGGAAGAGCCACGUAUCCGUCCUCCUCCGGAGAGAAUUUCACAAGAGCUCGCCUGCCGCCCUUCAGAUCACCGUGCGGGACGCCUUAAACCAGGCUUUGGAUGAAGAGAUAGAAAGAGAUGAAAGAGUGUUUCUGUUGGGCGAGGAGGUUGCACAAUAUGACGGCGCCUAUAAGGUCAGCAGAGGUCUUUGGAAAAAGUAUGGUGAUAAAAGGAUUAUGGAUACCCCUAUAUCGGAGAUGGGAUUUGCUGGGAUUGCUGUUGGUGCUGCUAUGGCUGGAUUGAGGCCAAUCUGCGAGUUCAUGACUUUCAACUUUUCCAUGCAAGCCAUUGAUCAAGUCAUUAACUCUGCUGCUAAAACCUAUUACAUGUCUGCGGGCCGCGUGUCUGUCCCAAUUGUGUUCCGGGGCCCAAAUGGCGCGUCAGCUGGCGUUGCAGCCCAACACUCCCAAUGCUUUGCAGCCUGGUACGGACACUGCCCUGGAUUGAAGGUGCUGAGCCCCUGGAGUGCUGAAGAUGCUAGAGGUCUUCUGAAAGCUGCAAUCCGAGAUGAUAACCCAGUGGUCAUGCUAGAGAAUGAGUUGAUGUAUGGUGUCCCCUUCGAACUAUCUGAAGAAGCCCUAUCAAAAGACUUUGUUGUCCCCAUUGGAAAGGCAAAGAUAGAGCGACAAGGUAGUCAGCUCACUCUGGUUUCCCAUUCCCGGUCUGUGGGUCAUUGUCUAGAGGCUGCCAGUGUGCUCGCGAAAGAGGGAAUCGAUUGUGAGGUCGUCAAUUUGCGCACAAUCCGACCCAUGGACACUGAAACAAUUGAGGCCAGUGUAAUGAAGACAAACCAUCUAGUGACUGUAGAAGGAGGGUGGCCACAAUUUGGAAUAGGAUCAGAAAUCUGCGCUAAGAUCAUGGAAGGACCUGCGUUCAAUUACUUGGAUUCCCCUGUGUUCCGCGUGACUGGUGCCGAUGUUCCGAUGCCUUAUGCCAAGAUAUUGGAGGAUAACUGCAUACCACAAGUGAAGGACAUUAUAUUUGCUGUUAAAAAGACCCUUAAUGUUAUCUAGGUAUCAGAUGAUCUUUCACUUCAGAGGUAACAUGUCAUUUUAAACCACGUCUUACCAUCAGCAUCUUUCAUUGUCCUCCGGGUAUUUUUCAUUUUUUGUUGUUGUUGGAAAACAGACUUCUAGUGGUUGCCCAGGAUUAGAAAAACAUGUCUGCCGCCUUGCACCACCCCUGUCCAUAGGAUGUGUGUGAUAUUGCAGCUCAGCCCCAUUCACUUCAAUGGAGCUGAGAUGCAAUACCAGGCACAGCCUGUGGAUAGGUGUUGCACCGUUUUUGGAAGAAGGCAUCUAAUCCUGGACAAACCCUUUUUAAGAUGAAUCGGGGGAUGGUCUGCCCUAGACGUCUUCUAAACAUAUGCAGUCCCUUUAAGACACUCCCCCCACGUCGCGUAUUGGAGACAUGUUACGCUAUUUAUUAAUAACUCGUACCUCUGUAUGAACAGCUUGGCUGCCCACAUGCUGUAUGCCAUGAGGGCCUGUACAAUGUUGCUUUGUAUAUGAAUAAAACCUGGAAUUUAUUUUUAGGGGA